GUUGAUUAGCCAUGUUUGCGGCUUAACACUCGAGUGAGUGAGUAAUUUGCAGUUUUGUGCAAAUUAAUUCCGAAAGGCAAGUAAAAAUGCGUGAAAUUGUGCAUCUCCAAGUAGGUCAGUGCGGGAACCAAAUUGGUUCAAGGUUCUGGCAUAUCAUAUCAAAUGAACAUGGCAUAAACUCUGUUGGCAAGUACGUGGGUGAUAAUGAUCUCCAAUUGGAACGAAUUGGCGUUUACUUUACCGAAGCUGAAAAUGCCAAUUACGUCCCUAGAGCUGUUCUCGUGGAUUUGGAACCCGGUACUAUGGAUACGGUGCGAGCCGGCCCUCUUGGUACCCUCUUUAAUCCUAACAAUUUUGUUUUUGCGCAAAGUGGUGCCGGCAACAACUGGGCUAAAGGGCACUACACUGAAGGUGCCGAAAUUUGCGAAAACGUGUUGGAUGUAAUCCGACAUGAGGUUGAAAGAUGUGAUUGUUUCCAAGGGUUCCAGUUUACUCACUCUUUAGGUGGUGGUACUGGUUCUGGUUUUGGUACUUUACUCACUUCUAAGGUUCGAGAGGUCUACCCUGAUCGGAUGGUGACAAGUUUCAGCGUGGUACCAUCACCGAAAGUUUCAGAAGUGGUACUGGAACCCUACAAUGCGACUUUAUCCGUUCAGCAAUUGAUCGAAAACACUGAUCAGACGCAGUGUAUCGACAAUGAAGCCCUCUAUGACAUUUGUUUUAACACUUUGAAAAAAUCAUCGCCGAAUUACGAUGACUUGAACCAUUUGAUUUCUUUGACAAUGUCUGGGGUAACAACUUGUUUCCGUUUUCCGGGUCAAUUGAAUGCUGACUUGAGGAAAUUGUCGGUAAACAUGGUACCAUUUCCACGCCUACACUUCUUUGUUCCCGGAUUUGCUCCAUUGACAGCUCCGGGAAGUGUUGCUUACAGGAAAUUAAGUGUCAAGGAUUUGACUGAACAGAUGUUUAGUCCUCGGAAUAUUAUGGCAGCUUGUAAUCCAGCAAAUGGACGAUAUUUAACUGUUGCUACUAUAUUCAGAGGACCGGUUUCAAUGAAAGAGAUAGACCAUGUCAUGUUUGAAACCCAAAACAAAAAUUCGUCUUAUUUCGUAGAAUGGAUUCCACAUAACGUACAAACGGCUGUUUGUGAUGUACCAUCACCACAUUCUCCCAUUUCCUCAACCUUCAUUGCAAAUACUACUGCCAUUCAAGAAUUAUUUAAACGCAUACAUGAACAGUUUUCAGUCAUGUUUAAACGCAGAGCAUUUGUGCAUUGGUAUAUAGGAGAAGGAAUGGAUGAACAAGAAUUCACAGAGGCCGAAAGCAACUUGAGUGACCUGAUUUCAGAGUAUCAGCAGUAUCAAGAUGCCGAAGUUGAUGAUGAAUAUCCAGAAGAUGAGGAAGAGGACAAUGUUGAACCAGAAAUAUGAUUUCAAUAUUGUAGGCGUACAAGGAAAAUCAAUUAAGUCCACAAUUAUAGAUUUUUGAACGGGUGUGGGCAAAAAAAGAGUCGAAAUUAAUAAUAACAGUUUCAUUCGUCUGUUUUCAGUUCGUUAUAAAAAUGUAAAUAGUAGUUUCUUAUUUCGUUCGUAAAAAUUUAAGUUGGAACGAGUUUGUAAAAUAUCAAAAAAAACUUUUUUUUUAUAAAAUAGCAACCACUUUUGUCCCAGGGGGCAACGACUACCGUCUGGACUUAAUUGUUUUUCCUUGUACGCCUACAAUAUGUAAGAAAGUGGGCUGUCGACGCCACCAGAGUCAGGUUGAGUCCAAAAAGAUCCAGAUUUCAACAUGAUUUCAAUACAUUGUUACUUAUAAAACAACAAUAAAAACAAUUAAAAAAUA